CGCAACCAUGUCCGCCCAUCUGCUCCAUGUCUUUCUUUAGCUCUCUCUAUAUAAUCCCCUUGCUCGCCGCCUGCUCCCUACACCUCUGCCCACCGUCCUCCAUCGCCGUCCCCUCUCUCGCCCUCGGCACAUCGCGCCCAAUCGAGCACCGCCUGCACACUUCCGCCCCCACCAUGUCCUCCGAAUCCUCAGCCGUGCCCGCAGACUCCGCGUGGCUCCAGCAGCAGCUCCAGCAGCUCCUCGCCUCGCCCUACAUCCACUUCAACCACCCACCCGGCAUACGCAUGGGCCACGGCCCCGUCGACCUCUUCUCCACGCGCUUCAACAACCUCUUCGCCCCCGACGCCUCCGGCACCGUCGCAGGCACCGACGCCGACCGCGCCGCCCUCAAGCAGGCGCUGCUCGCGCUCCAGAAGCACUGGAGCCCGGACUCGGCGUCGUUUGCGCCCGCCACGGGACUGCAGGACGGACAGGUCGGCACCCGCGCAGAGUGGACGCCUCCGAACUCGGAUGAGACGGCGAAUGUGACCGCGACCGCUACCGUCGCGCAACAAGGCCCAAACAACCGUAUCAGCACACUGUCGCUGGAUGGCGACCAGAGCUUGUUCACGCAGUGAAUGAACGCAUCCUCUAUUCCGUAAUGUAGCUGUCGUGCAAUGUUUCCAUAAAGCAUCAGGCCUCGCAAGCCCUGAGGCUACACCUGUAAUAUAAAUACCAAUUUGCUCGCGUGUCAUAGACUAGGUCAUCAGAAAGUUGUACCGUAGUCAU